AUGAGUAAGUCUUAUGUAAAAAGGGCUAUGAAUGGCGAUGCUACUGAAGAACGAAAGAAAUCUCCUUCUCGUAUAAAUAAACGCCCGCCCCAGAAUCACCAUUUUCAAGAUGUUGAUACAGCUAUUCGACUUAAAAAAUCUGACAGAUCUGAAAAGUCAGAGGUAAUUGUUGACAAAAAUAAAAAACAGUUGGUUAACGAACAACUGAAUGAAGUGAAAGAUAUAUCCAGUUCUUUAGUGCGUCCUCGUUCAGCGAAUACUCGUAGAUGUAUUUCGGAUAGUAUUUCCGUCAGUGCAGUCAAUUCAGAACUGGAAUUACAUUCAUCCAUUACAAGAAAACCCACUGGUAAGACAACAUAUAAAUUGACACCUUUAGUCCCGACUCCAAUCCCAUCCAAACACGGCGUUACAGCCAUUCGUGCCAGCAUUGAAGAUCAAAGUAAUAAUCUCGAUAAAAAGGAGACACAAUUAGGUGUUGGUGAUAAUUCAGAUUUGGGUAGUAGUAAGGCUUCAGAGAAAGAAAGAAAGUGUAGUAAUUCAGUAUCUCCUCAAAAACUUGAGCCAGUGAACAGAACUAUGCAAGGCAGUAAAGGUAUUUCGCCUCAAGGAAUUUCUAGUAAGGAUGCAAAGGAUGUUAGUGAUGUAUCUCAUAAUGUGAAUUCAGAAGUUUCCAAUUCUAAAUCCGUGGAGAGUAAUGUGAAAAGUGUACAGAAUGUAACUAAAACAGAGUGCAAUGCAAGUGUACAAAAUGUAGGUGUAAAAGCUGAUACUGUGAUAAAAGCGAGUGAUUCGAAUAAAGAUAUCAAGGGUACGAAUGCCGUGCAAGUUCAGGGAGAGGCUAGUGGAGUACAGCAGGGGAAAGAGGAUGAUGCUGCUGUCGGUUUGAAUAAAUCCCAUGUGGUCAUUAAUGCUCAGCCUACAAAAGAAGUUGAUUCAGAACAUGAUGCUAAUGUGAAGAAGAAAGAGGAUGAAGUUGAUGCUGCCGCAGGUUUGAAUAAAUCCCAUGCGGUCACCAAUGCUCAGCCUACAAAAGAAGUUAAUUCAGAACAUGAUGCUAAUGUAAAGAAGAAAGAGGAUGAAGUUGACGCUGCCGCAGGUUUGAAUAAAUCCCAUGCGGUCACCAAUGCCCACCCUACAAAAGAAGCAGAAUCAGAACAUGAGGCUAAGGCGAAGAAGAAAGAGGAGGAUGUCAGGCAGCCACGAAUGUCUCCAGAUCAUCGAUUUAUGAAGCUGGAUGAAGAGGUUGGUCGAGGAGCUUUCAAAACUGUCCACAAAGGUUUAGAAAUUGAUACAGGUGUACAUGUUGCUUGGUGUGAGCUUCAGGACAAACGGUGGGGCAAAAGUGACCGGAAGAGAUUUAAAGAAGAGGCAGAGAUGCUGAAGGAACUACAGCAUCCGAAUAUUCUCAGAUUCUUUGACUACUGGGAGGAAGAAGGGUCACAUAGACAAAAGAUCAUUGUCCUUAUUACAGAACUCAUGACAUCAGGAACCUUGAAAACGUACCUAGGACGCUUUAAAAAAUUGAAUCUGAAAGUUUUGAAAAACUGGUGUCGGCAAAUCCUGAAAGGUUUACUGUAUCUGCACACUAGAACUCCGCCAAUCAUCCACAGAGAUCUGAAGUGUGACAACAUCUUUAUCACAGGCACUACAGGCUCUGUGAAGAUUGGGGAUUUGGGAUUAGCAACCCUGAAAAAUAAUUCCUUUGCAAAGAGCGUCAUAGGUACACCCGAGUUCAUGGCACCAGAGAUGUACGAGGAGCAUUAUGAUGAAGCAGUGGAUGUCUAUGCCUUUGGGAUGUGCAUGCUGGAGAUGGCAUCCUCGGAGUAUCCCUACAAAGAAUGCCACAACCCUGGUCAGAUAUAUCGUAAAGUCACAACUGGUGUGUAUCCUGAAGCCUUGGAUAAAGUUAAGGAUCCUGAGAUUCAUGGAAUCAUCGAAGGCUGUAUUCGGACUAAGAAAGAGGAAAGACUCACAGUGAAAGACCUGCUUGCUCAUGAUUUUUUCUUGGAAGAUACAGGUUUGUUGGUGGAGUUUCUGGGUAUUGAAGAUGAGUUAGCAGAUGCACAGGUCAUUCCACUUCGUUUGCGUGUAGUGGACGCCAAAAAGAGAAGGGACACACACAAAGAAAAUGAAGCCAUUCAGUUUGAAUUUGAUCUUAGCAAGGAUCAACCGGAGGAAAUUGCUGCAGAUUUGGUUAAGUCUGGCUUCCUCUUGGAUGAUGACAAAAGGAUUGUUGCUAAACAGAUUCGAGACCGCAUAGCACAGGUUCUUAAAAGUCGGGAGAAGAAGCCUGUACCCGAGGUCAUUCCAGUUCAGCACCAUGCCCUGCAGACACCGGUACCUGGGCAGGUUCCAGUUGCACACCAUACAAUUCAGACAUCCCAGCCGCCAUCAAGUACAAGUGUGCCACAGAUCUCACAGGUAGCUACACAACUCCACCA